CCACCAAACCCAAUCAAAUCUCAUCCGUCCCUCUUUUCACUCUCAUCCACUUCUCUUUUUUCAUGCCCCAAAAUCAAAUCUCUCUCUCUCUCUCUCCAAGCCCAAACACACGCUCUCUCUCUCUCUCUCUGGUGAAACCCUAAUUCCCAAUUCGAUCCGCAAAUGCCGCCUCCGAACAACAAAUCGAUGAUGAUGAACACCAGGCCAGUAAGAAUCGGCGGCGACUCCGACGAAUCGGAGACGCCGUCGAACAAUCUCUGGGUCGGUAAUCUAGCCAGCGACGUCGCGGACUCAGAUCUCAUGGAUCUCUUCGCCCAGUACGGUGCGCUCGAUAGCGUUACCUCCUACUCUUCUCGCAGCUACGCUUUCGUCUUCUUCAAGCGAAUCGAAGACGCUAAGGCCGCCAAGGAUACCUUACAAGGCGCCGAUCUCCAUGGCCACCCUAUCAAGAUCGAGUUCGCUCGUCCGGCAAAACCUUCUAAGCAUCUAUGGGUGGGUGGAAUUAGCCCAGCAGUUUCCAAGGAAGAAUUGGAAGAAGAAUUUCUUAAGUUUGGUAAAGUUGAGGAUUUUAAGUUCCUUAGAGACCGCAAUACUGCAUUUGUUGAAUACCUUAGAUUGGAAGAUGCUUCCCAAGCCAUGAGAAACAUGAAUGGUAAGCGCAUUGGUGGUGAGCAGAUACGUGUGGAUUUCCUUCGGUCACAGCCCACGAGAAGAGAGCAGUGGCCUGACUCCAGAGAUGGGGACUUUCAGGGCAGGAGCAUGGGACCGGCUGAUUCCCAUUUAGGUCAUAAGAGACAACUGCAUCCUCAGUCCUCUGUGGGGCGAAAAGGAGAUGGUCAACCCAGUAAUGUUUUGUGGGUAGGUUACCCUCCUUCUGUUCAGAUCGACGAACAAAUGCUCCAUAAUGCCAUGAUCUUAUUUGGUGAAAUCGAGAGAAUUAAGAGUUUUCCUUCAAGACACUACUCCUUUGUAGAAUUUAGGAGUGUGGAUGAAGCUCGCCGAGCUAAGGAGGGUUUGCAGGGCCGGCUUUUUAACGAUCCUAGAAUAAGCAUUAUGUUUUCAAGUAGUGAGCUGGCACCUGGCAAAGAAUACUCUAAUUUUUAUGCUGGAACUAAAGGGCCAAGGCCAGAGUUUUUUAAUGAACAUCCUUUUCGACCUGUACAGAUGGAUGUGUUUGGUCAUAAUCAUCCUAUGGUCCCAAAUAAUUUCCCUGGACCGUUACCAUCUAUUCCAAUGAGGCCUUUUGGUCGUCAAGGUAGUCUUGAACCUCUGCUUCCAGGCCCAGAAUUUGAUGAUUUGACCACACAUCAUAAUUUUCAGGAUGGUAACUUGAAAAAUAUGAUGGGUCCAAACUGGAAAAGGCCAUCUCCUGCACCUGGAAUGCUCCCUUCUCCUGCACAAGGUAUCAGACCGCCCCCAAGAUCCACAUCUGGUUCUUGGGACGUACUUGACAUGAAUCAGUUUCAAAGGGGUUCUAAAAGGUCGAGGAUAGAUGAUGCUUUGUCCAUUGAAGAUGCACCUUUUCCUUUGAGAAAGAUUGAUGACCGGGGCUUGGGAUUGGAUCAAUCAUAUGGGAUUGGUCCAGUGACUGAUGGAGGUGGUGGGCCUUUUGCAAAUGUUCAAGGGAAGAGUAGCCUUAGUCCUGUGGGUGCAAGGGUCAUGGCUGGUGGACCUGGUCAGGGUCAAGUUGAUAAUGAUUACAUAUGGCGUGGCAUUAUUGCUAAGGGGGGCACUCCUGUUUGUCAAGCUCGUUGCAUCCCUUUAGGAAAAGGAAUAGAGAGUGAGCUUCCUGAAGUUGUUAAUUGCUCGGCCAGAACAGGAUUGGAUAUGCUCACAAAACACUAUGCUGAUGCCAUUGGGUUUGAUAUUGUUUUCUUCUUGCCCGACAGUGAAGAUGAUUUUGCUUCCUACACUGAAUUCCUUCGCUACUUAGGUGCCAAAAACCGUGCUGGUGUUGCUAAGUUUGAUGAUGGGACCACCUUAUUUUUAGUUCCUCCGUCAGACUUCUUAACUAAUGUUUUGAAAGUUGCCGGCCCUGAACGUCUAUAUGGCGUGGUUCUCAAGUUUCCACAACAAGUUUCUAGCGGUACAUCUAUUCCACAACAAUCACAUCUUCCCAUCCCUUCUUCUCAAUAUAUGGAUAGACAGCAGAUUCCUCCUCGCACUGAGUAUGGUGUAAUCUCAUCUAAGGAGGAACAAGCUUUGCCAAUGGAUUAUGACAGGGUUUUGCAUGAGGAUGCAAAGCUUCCUCCAAAAUCACAUUUUCCAAUUGCUAGUGAGUCCCCAGCAAUGCAGCCAGUACCCCAAGACUAUGCUUCUACUAAUGCACUAUCAGUGUCCCAAGCUGGAGUGACAUUAACACCUGAGCUUAUUGCCACUCUGGCAUCUUUGCUGCCUGCAAAUGCACAGUCUUCUGGUUUAGAAAGUGCAAAGCCUGCAUUGGGCUCAUCAUCUGUCAGGCCUUCAAUUCCGCCUCAAGUUGGACCCAAUAAAGGGACCCCAUCUCAAGACUGGAAACAAGAUAAUCAAGCUUCUGACCAUAUGGGUCAUCCAUUGCAACAGUUGGGGAAUCAGUUUAAUCCCCAUGUACAAAACCUUUCCCAAUACCAGCCUUACCCAUCUGUCUCAAGCACACCUACCCAUUCGGCCUCAUUGUUACAAGGCAAUGCCCAAAUCCAUGACUCUUCUGUAAGCCUACCACCGCAGGCUGCAAUUUUGUCUCGGCAUAUGAACCAAAGUGUACAGCUUGCUGCUUCUCCUCAUGUGAGCCAGCAAUAUCAGCAUGAAAUACCCCCCAGUAGUCAAAGAGGCUAUGGGAUGGUUAAUGGGAUGGAGGCUUCUGGAUUAUACAGCUCACAAGCUUUCCAGCCAGCCAACAGUCCUUUAACCUCAUCUAAUCAGGCCCAUGGUUCUCUUCUUUCCCAGCCACCAAGCUCGGAGAUCCCCAACCAGAUGCAGCAGCUUCAAUCUGCACUCUUUGGUGCUGGCCAGGGCACACCAGAAGUUGAGGUUGAUAAGAACCAGCGGUACCAGUCGACUCUACAAUUUGCUGCUAACCUCCUCCUCCAGAUACAGCAGCAGCAGACAACCAAUCAGUCAGGACGAGGACCUGGAAGUCAACAAUGAGGUGCUUUGGGCUUUCUUUUUCACAAAAAUGGACAUUCGGAAUUUUCAAAUGGGAACACUGCGUGUGAA